AAAAGUAUUCUUGAAAAACGAAUUUGAUUUAGAGAGAGAGAGUGCAAGUUAGAGAUGGCGGCCUAUGCAGCUCUACUUUCUCUCAAGUAUACCAUCGAACAGAUUCAGCUUCAUCCUCGCCCUCCAAUUUCUCUUCACCAAAACCAGGUUGAUUCUCUCACCGACAACCUCAAUAUAAUUUCCUGCAAGAUUUUCUUGAAGUUUAUUCAUGCGGCGGCUGCAUCAGCAGAGAAGCAGCAGAUGUCCUGGAAAGCCGCAUUGCAGAUGCAGCUCAUGCAGCGGAAGAUAUAAUCGAAACCCGAAUUGUUGAUCAAAUUCAUGGCGAAAAAAUGAGCUCCGAUGAGUUGUAUCAAUAUCUAGAGAAGGUGAUCCAAGACAUGGGUUUUAUCAAGAAAGAUGUGAUGAAGAUUAAGGAGAAGAAUAUUGGAAUAAUCGAAGAUCGUCUGCACAUAAAUUCGCCGACGCAUGGUGGUUCAUCAAGUUCUCCUUUAACAACGAAGCAGAUCGCCGUGGUUGGUCUUAAUGAUCAAUUAAUUGAAGUAAUGGAUAAGCUCACCGGACAACAAUCUAAUCUCCGCAUAGUCCCGAUUGUUGGCAUGGGCGGCAUCGGUAAGACUACUCUUGCUAGAAAUGCAUACACGAAUCAACUUAUCAAGGAACAAUUUGAUAUCCGGACUUGGGUUACAAUAUCUCAAACUUACAAUGUGCGAGAAAUUCUUGUAGAAGUUCUUCUUUGUGCAAGCAAAGACGAGAGCCGGGAAAGCUUGAGUGGGAGGAGUGAAGGUGAAUUAGGUGAGAGAGUACACAAGAGUUUAUAUGGAAGGAGAUAUUUGAUUGUAAUGGAUGAUAUUUGGAGUGUUGAGGUGUGGGAUAAAGUACAAAUCUUCUUUCCGGACAAUGGUCAAGGAAGUAGAGUAAUGAUAACCACUAGACUAUCGAACAUUGUUCUUGAGUUGAUUGGCUCUCAUGGCUCGUGAUGGAUCUCUUAGAUGAUGAUAAAAGUUGGGAUCUACUGUGCGGAAGUAUAUUUGGAAAAGAAGAAGAUUGCCCUGUUGAAUUGGAGGAAAUAGGAAACAAGAUUGCCAAAAAAUGCAAGGGGCUUCCUUUGUCGAUCGUUGUGAUUGGAGGACUUCUAGCGAAGUCGAACCCCACAAGACAAAACUGGGAAUAUAUUUCAGAAAACUUGAACUCAAUUGUAAACAUGGAAGACAACGAGCGUUGUUUAAAAGUAUUGCUUUUGAGUUAUCACCAUUUGCCGGUACAUCUGAAGCCAUGCUUUCUGUAUAUGGGAGUUUUUCCUAAAGACAGUAACAUCCGUGUCUCCAGGCUCGUAAAACUAUGGAUUUCUGAAGGAUUUUUGAAACCAAUUACCGGCAAGAGCUUGGAAGUGGUUUCGAGAGAAUAUUUAGAUGAGCUUUGUGACAGAAAUCUCAUUAGAGUUCAUCAAAGGAGUUCUAAUGGGGGGAUAAAAUUUUGCAAGAUCCAUGAUCUGGUGAGGGAACUCUGCUUAAGAGAAGCUAAGAAAGAGAAGUUCCUUUAUGUCACAAUACCGCAUGACCUCAACAUUAUAAAUACCCAACGCCGCAUCAGUAUUCAUGAAAGCACAACGCAGAAGGAUUAUCUCCCUCUAGCUUAUCAUGCAUUGCAAUCUGUGCCCCUUGCCCGUUCUUUGUUUUUCAAAUUUAAAGGAGUUCUACCAUCACUUCAUCAUUGUAGAUUGUUGAGGGUGCUGAGAGCAGUUGAUACAUAUUCACAUCCUUAUGGAAAGAUCACACAUUGUAUGUAUACCCUAGAAGAUGUUUUUCAGCUAGUUAACUUGCGGUACCUUGUUGUUGAAAAUUUUGGGUAUGAAAAUCCCUGCAGGUUUCCACCUUCAAUGUAUCUCCUUUGGAAUCUACAGACUCUAAUUGUAAAGAGUAUCUCUGGCUUUGUUGUUGCGCCCUCUGAAAUAUGGAAGAUGACUCAACUUAGGCAUGUUCAGUUCUUUGGUGGACUUAAAAUGCCCGAUCCUCCUCUUGGGGGGCAAGACGGCGAGUUUGUGUUGGGGAACCUACAGACGCUCUCGUUAAUAAUAAAUUUCAAAUGUGGAGAAGAGGUGGUUAAGAGAACCCCCAAUAUCACUAAAUUACAAAUAUGUUAUGAAGGUGAGGAAAUUGAGGGAUAUCUUUCAAGUUACUACUGUCUCAACAAUCUUGGCCGUCUAGGGAAACUCGAAUCCUUUGACUGCUACUUUGAUAGCUUGAAUAAGCCAAACCGGAAUGAUAUGCUGCAGAAUUCCAUCAUCCCCAAUUCCCUUAAGAAGUUGACUUUGGGUUGGACCUAUCUCAAAUGGGAAGACAUGAAGACGAAGAUAGGUUGGUUACCUAAUCUUGAAGUCCUCAACCUGAAUUGCAAAUCCGUUGUGGGAGCGGAGUGGGAAACAGUUGAAGGGCAAUUCUGCAACCUUAGAUUCUUGCAAAUCUACAUGUGCAGCGAUCUGGAAUGGUGGACGACAGACAGCAACCACUUUCCAAGCCUUGAGCAACUUGUUCUUGAAUACAUGGAUAAGUUGAAAGAGAUCCCUUCAUGUAUUGGAGAAAUACCAACGCUUGGAUCGAUUGAGUUGAACUAUUGUAGCAAGUCAGCAGUCAUUUCUGCUAAAGAAAUACUAGAUGAACAAGAGGAUCUUGGCAAUGUAGGUCUUCGAGUUCGAGUUCGAGUUUUCCCAAAGGAUAAACAACACUUUGAGAGCCUGGCUAGUCCCAACUUUCAAGUUGAAACUUGAAUCUUCAUUGAUUCACAUCAGUCUUCUUUUAGGGACAAGAGUUUCGGAGUUUCGGAGUCCAGAUAAAUUUAAGAAACUGGAAAAAAAAAAAAAGUUUUGGGCCGUUUCCGCAAAUGCCUAACAGUUUCAGGGCCGUCUCUGUAAUUUGAUAUGUAGCCCUGCUUUCGUGUUAUCACAUUGCAUCCAUCGGGAAGCCGUUGCUGCCAUUGGACAAGGCUGACGAGCACCACGAAGAGGAAGAGAAGUCAAAGUCGAGGGCAGUUUGGUUUGCUUAAUGUUAUUGAAGGAUUCCGUGUCGACUUUUGCUUUUCUAUGUUGCUCGUAAAUAAAAUGGCAUUACUUCAUCAUGUGCCUCCAGAAAAACCAACCCACUGGGUUCAGAAAAAUGAAUAUGAGAUACUGAAUAGCUCAAAUUAAACUGCAAAUGGGGACCGAUUAUGUGGUGAAGCUGUCGGAAUUCGGGACAUGAAAGUUGGUUGAAGUGGAUCAGAGACUCGGCUAACGACAAAUGGGAAUGGGAGCUUUGCAUCUCGUCUUUUUCUUGUCAUUAAUGCACAAAAAUAAUUUUGACUCGAUUCUUGAUUCCCAAGUUUCGUAUCUCAUUAUUUGUCGUUAAUGGAUGAAAAUAAUCAUGACUCGAUUCUUGAUGCCCAUAAUUGCUUCGACUAAUUCGGAAGAUCAUAAAAGUUUUGUAUCUCGUAUUUUGUCGUUAAUGGACGAAAAUAAUCUGGACUCGAUUCUUGAUGCCCAUA